AUUGAAAUCAUACACGUAGCCAUCCCAACCAAAAAAAAUGUUUACCAUCUUGCCAUCUAUACGGCCCUACCAAUACUAAACUUUGGCCAACUAGGGGUUGCGAGAGUCAGAGAGCAAAGGAAAGCAAAAGCAGAAUUACCAAUACUAUUUGCUUUCCCAUUUCCGACAAAGGCCAAGAAACUCGAAAUAAGUUGGGAAAAUCAUAAGCUUACUCAACCCUAAAUACUGUAAUUGCUCACUUCUUACCCUAAAUUCCAUUCACAGUCAGUUCGGAUACACUUUAUAAAGAAGACUGGUGGAAUUCCUUUCGUCAAGACAUUGCCAUUGAUUCAUGUAGAUGCAAAGAUUUUCUAUCAGAUUCUUUAUGAUUACAAGAUUCGCAAUGCAGAGGGAGUUCAGAUUGAGUUAAAUGUAGUGAGGUGUGAUGGAAAUGAUGGUUGGAGUUGAUAGGACUGUGGUUGGAUUUAUUGAGGAUGGAGCAGCUAAUAAACUCGGUUCUGGUCUAGCUCCAUUAAAGCAAGGUGCUGAUCCAAUUGUUUAUAAGCUUGUUAAGUUUGAGUUUGAUGGAAGGAUGGUUCCUGCUACUGAUGAUGUGCUUAUAGAGGUUGAUAAUUUUUUGGAGUUGGAGAAGAAUGACAUGCUUCCAAUGCCUGAUGUUAUGGAGACAUUAGAACAUGUUUCAAAUAAGGACAUCACAUUUGAAAAUCCUUUGCUUGAGAAGCAUGAAGGUAUGUCACAAAUCAAGUUAGUUGAAGAUGAAGAAGAAGGCAUUAGAGUACAAGCUGAGCACUCUUUGCCCACAUCUACAUCAAGCUCAAAGGAUAGACUAGUGAAGGUAGCUGGGAGCAUUAUGGAGGAAUCAAGUUCAAAUCAUCAUGAUGGAUUAACCAAAAGUGGAUCUACUGAAUCCCAGCCUAAUUUUUCUCUGAUAAAGGGUGAGAUCAAUUUGGACAAUUUAUCUGUUAGAGAACUUCAUGAAACAUUCAAAGCAACAUUUGGGCGUGAAACUUCUGUGAAAGACAAGAUGUGGCUUAAACGAAGAAUAGCGAUGGGACUGACUAACUCUUGUGAUGUAUCCGUUGCAAGUUUUGUUAUAAAUGAUGGGAAGUUUCUGAAGAAAAAGGAAGAACUCAAUGAAAACAUUUCUUGUGAGGAUUCUGUCACUGGGGAAAUCAGCAAGGCUGGGGUUGAUGGGCCUGUGAACUUUUUUGCACACCCCAAUCUAAGUGAGGAUAUGGUAAAUGACACUGAGCUGAAGAAUUCUUUCUCGGAAUCUGGCUGUAAAAGUGAUGAUAAUGUUGAGAGCAGAGGUGCAAAAAGAGUCAGAAAGCCUACAAAACGAUAUAUUGAGGAAUUGUGUGAUAAAGAAAAAGAUAAUGUUGCUAGGUCAAUGCCUUCUUCCAAGCGUUUUGAAAAGGAUAUAGCUCCUGUAAAGGCAAUACUCAGACCUGCAUCGGGUGUCCAUUCAUUUGAUUUCAUUACUAGGCCUGAUAACAUUGGAGGAUCUGGUGUUCAGGUCCCAUAUGUUUCUCGGAUUCGGAGAUGUCGUCCAAGAAAAAGCAUAACGGAACUAACAAAGUUCCAUGCAAGUGAAGGUACCUUGAUUAGGAAGGGUGAUGAGAAUUCAGUUGCUGUGAUAAAAUCAGAGCCUGAUGAUUGCAUUAGCGUUGAAGAGGAGGGUAAAUCUAUUCCAUUUGAAGAGCCAAUUGCCUCAGAAGUGAAGAGGGAGAAACAAAGCUUGUCUAUUACAUCACAUAUCUCUCAAGCUAGUGAACCAAAUUGUGUGGAUUCAGAGAAUAAUUCUCCAUUAGAUAACACACCCGGCAACAAUUCUGAUGAUCAUGUAGCUACUGUUCCCACUGCAAAUGGUGGAAUGAGAAGAAAGCACCAUCGAGCUUGGAGUUUGACAGAAGUCAUGAAGCUUGUUGAUGGUGUUGCCAAGUUUGGGGCUGGUCGAUGGUCUGAAAUAAAGCGGCUAUCUUUUUCAUCGUAUUCGCACCGUACCCCUGUUGAUUUGAAGGAUAAGUGGAGAAACCUUCUUAAAGCUAGCUAUGCUAAUUCACAUGCAGAUAAAGGGGCAAAUCCUCGGAAGAAUACACCAGUAUUAAUACCGGCGACAAUUCUGGUGAGAGUGAGAGAGCUAGCAGAACUCAACGGUCAAGCCCCGCAAGUGCCCAAAGGCUGCAACAACCACAAUAACGGUUCAAAUGUAAAUGAAAAUAGAUCAGAACACUAGUGUCUACGCUGUACAUAAUUCCACCAUCUAGCUUUUAUAGAGGAUAAUAAUGGUUAUGGGUGCCCCCCGCAAACCGCCUUGCAUGGUUGUCCUGUAACAGAUACCUGAAUGCCAUUAACGACAAAACCAGUAGGAUAUAUGCUUCAAGGCCUUCACUUUUGAGUGAUUUACUAUUUCAUGUUUACGAGUAGAAGAGAAAUGAUAUGGCCAAUGGUUUUUGAGGUAGGAAAAGAAAAAAGACUAGUAAUGCUUGGUAGAUUUUGUCGGAAGUGGGAAGUGUUUUAUUGGCUCUAAGUGAGCAAAUUGAGUGUCCAUAAUCUGAUGCAUCUAGUAGCAAAUGAGGAUAUAUGUUUAUUGUGUUAUGUUGUUUCUUUUGUUGAUUUGGAAUUUAAUACUAAAACACAACACUAUUGCCAAUUUUUAGUUCUAUAGGGCUCUUGUUUUUAACCCUUUUCCAUUCCAGUCUUUGUAUUUUUACCUUUAUAAUAUCAAUGGUAUACAUAUAAAGCUUUAAAAUUAAGUGACGAUGUUUCAAAUACUUUGAGUUUAUAUCAGAACAAUUUAGAAGUCAAACAAGAUGUGAUCCAUAGAAUAAUUUACUUUAAACCAUUAUUACUUUUAAGAAUCCUAUUUCUUAAUAGUUUAUUGUUUUUCUUUAUGAAAUUACAUAAUCUUUAAAGUAAAUACCUUCACGGCCUAAUUGGUAGGUUAUAUUUAAUGGUGGUAUUGGAAAGAAAA